AAACUUCGGCAUAUCUAUCGGUGGUGUGGCGUUGGCUUCUAGCUGAUUCACAACUUUUGGAAAUAAAUGGCCACUGAAAAGCUCUAAAACAGAAGGAAACAAAUGAUUCCAAUGGAGGCGUUGCAGGAGUGUGUGGGAGAGAAACUCCCUCUGGAUGAAAGAGGUGGGAGGAUGUCAGUGGAGGUGGACUUGUUGCUGCAGGAGGCCAAAGAAAGCAUCGAGGCGGCCCAGAAUUACCGCAGUGAACUCCAGCAGCGCCUCAAUGGCCUCAACCAGGCCCGCAAACAGGUGCGGGGCAGCUCGGGUCAGGCCCGCGAGGCGCUGCGGCGGCACUUCACUGAGCUGCAGGCGGCGGCCGGUCGGCUGCUGACGGAGCGGCUGGCCACGCUGCUGGCCGAGGUCGACGCCAUCGAGGCGGACAGCGUCAAACCUCUGGACGACUGCCAGAGCCUCAUCGAGCACGGGGUGGGCCAGGCCAACGAGCUGCUGAAAGAAGGGGAAGCCGCUCUGCGCUGUGGUCUCGGGGAGAAGGAAGACAAACUGGGCAGCUUCACCAAGAAGGCCAUGCACAUCCAUCUGGACAGCCUCCCGGAGGUCCCAGCGUUGGUGGACGUGCCGUGUGUUUCGGCCCAGCUGGACGACUCCCUGCUGGGGGUGCUGAGGGACCGCGUGUCCCGCCUCGGCUCCGUCUCCGCACACCCCCCCGUCCAGAUAGAUGAGCUGCAGGAGAGGCCGGGCAGCGUGCUGGCCCGCUGGUGUAAGGUGGAUGAGGACUUCGCAGCAGCAGAUUAUCGGCUGCAGUACCGGCGCUCCGGCAGCGGGGGGGGUCAGUUCGAGGACGCGUACAUCGGUCGGGAUUGUGAGUUCCUGGUUCUGCACAUCGACCCCCACACCGACUACCAGUUCAGGGUGUGUGCCCGCGGGGAGGGGCGCACCGAGUGGAGCCCCUGGAGCAUCCCCCAGACGGGCUACACCACCCUCGCACCGCACGAGUGGUGUCCGGGCACUGAGGGCUACAUCCUGAGCAGCAGGAAGAACAUCGCCCUGCGCAGCGACUCCUCUCAGGCGCGCUACCCCAUCCUCUACUCCAACGCUCCCACAUACUUCUGCGGCCAGACGCUCACCUUCAAGAUAUCUGCAGCAGGUCAGGUGGACCGGAGGGACAGUGUAGGCGUGUGUGUGGACAGCAGGAAGGGGGCAGAGUCGCUUCAGAGAGACCAGGCCGUCUGCAUUUCCACCAACGGCGCCGUGUUUGUGAACGGUAAAGAGAUGACCAACCAGCUGCCGGCCGUCACCGUGGGCUCCGCUGUGACCUUCGACAUGGAGGUGGUCAACCUGUUCCCCGUCAGCAACAACAACCUGAGUGAGGGCGGGAACUUCAAGCUGCGCGUCACCAUCGGCUCGGGGAACAGGGAGGUGGUGUUCGACUGGCUGGUGGACCAGGCCGUGGACUGCCUGUUCUUCGGAUGCUCCUUCGUCCACUCCGGCUGGAAAGUGCUCGUGUUUUAACGGAUCCUUAGAGACCCACUUCCACCUAUUUUCUAUGUUUUUAUCUUUACGGGGAGAUAGCAGGUCAUCAGUGUAUGCCACGUAGAAGCUGUGUGCAUCAAGUGAAAGAUGGGAUUCAUUUGAGGUGCAGCUCCAAUAUUUCUAGUCAUAAUCUGUAGUAAACUUUGUUUUAGGUGCCUUUUACUAAUUUGAAAGUUUAGUGUGUCCACAUUUAGUGCAUUAUAACGGAAGUAUAUGAUGGCCAUCACUAUUCUCUAUUAUGUUGUUGCAGCAAUGUUGGUGUUGAUACCAUUUGGUGCCAUAAUAAACAUUUAAGACCACAAGUGUCCAAAAUCCCUCCACAAUCCCACAAUAAGACACAAGGACCUUGAGGAACACGAUAGUAAAACUCCUGCUGUAAUUUGAUAUCAAAUGCUUUUGAAACUUUCUGCAGGAGUUGUAUUUUUCCACAAGCACUUCAGUUCUUCAAACUGCUCAGAAAGCCCCUUAUGGUCACUUAGGGAAAGCCAUACAUCCUCUGAAUGCCCUCAGACUGUAGGUAGGUUAUCCUUGAGAUCUUAGAAAUCAAAGUCAGGUUUAAAUAUUUAUCUUCUGCCGUUGUUCCUCUCACUUUUGAAAAAAAGGUUUGUAGUCUGAAAACAAUCUGUCAUUUUGUCCCAGAGUUUCUUUAAAGGGGCCCUAUUCUGCCUUUUGGGGGUUUCCCUUUCCUGUAGUGUUUUAUAUCAAAUCUCUGUUUCCUGAAGAGGAACCCAAUAUUUGUAGAUCAUUUGUCAGGGUUCUCUGAAUAACCUCGCCACAUGUGUAUUAUUCUCACGUUACCGGAGAUAACAUCCCUCCAUCCACGCAGCCCCUCUCAGCUCCUAUUCAACGCUUGAAGCUGGUGAACAGGGAUUUCCCUUUAUCCUGUAAAUGGUGUUUACUUGUGUGAAUGUAAACAUAGUGACUGUCUGCGAGCGUUGCUGCCUCUCUGGGAGGAAAUGUGAUCUGAGACUCUUUGUAAAAGCUCUUCUUCAGGGAGCCACUUUGGAGAAAAUGAUAUUCUUGUUUUCGUCACAGCUUCUUUUUAGCUCUUCUCGGGCUAAUGUUUACAGCUUUCUUUUCACGUGGCACCGUCCCUCGCUGUGGGGAAGAGUUUGAGAUAGCUGUUGAUCUAUGCAUCGUCUUAAUUUAGUCAAGUUUGACACCUUGUAGAUGAAAAGCACAUUGUUCUUAAGAGGCUGCAUGAUCAUGUUUUUAUCUUUCCUUUUUUUUUUGGGAGCAGCAAAAAAGAACACGUGUUACACUUUCUGUUUUGUUACCCCUUCACUGUGAAAAUCGCACCUCGGCUGGUAUUUUUCUUCGUUUUCAAAAUGUGUUUUAUGCAAUUUGAAAGGGACGCUUCACCACAAGUCCUAAAAAGUGUGUUUCUGCCUUCAUUUCUCCGACGUUUGUUUAACUGCUGUAGUAAAACACACAGCUCUAAGGAAGCCAGAGAUGUUUUGAGGUGAUUUUGGGAGUAGCCUAAAAAGACACUUAAAGGUCCAACGUGCUUCUUUUUGAGCUUCAGGCUGUAGAAACAAACUUUUAUUUUUGUCUGAACUGUCACCUUGACAUUUACAAGCUGUUACUUUGAGUUAUUUUACAUUGACAAUCCUUAACAGUAUUUACAAAACCUGCCGUUGUUGCGCCAGAAUAAGAGUUUGGAUUUCGAGAAGCAUGUCAGCUGUGUAAUUUAAGGGUUGUAGAAUCUGUGAGCAAUUCUGUCUAACUGUGUGUUGCCUCUGUUGAUAGAAGUUUGAUGAGAGGUCCUCUAUCGAGUUGAGGUGAUGAAUCUACAAGUUAUAAAUUGGUUGAAUUGAAGUCUAAUCGUACUUCUUAAAAUAUUUUUUUUGUCCAACCAGCAGUAACAAACCCUUAAAUAUUUAAAUAAACAGAGCUUUUCUAGUCAUUUCAAUGUUUUACAACAAUUUUGAUCCUGUUUUUCAUUCCGGGUGACAACGGUAGCAUCAAGAACACAAUACUGAAGAAAGGUUUUGUAUUCUUGAAGUUGCCGAAAAAACCUUGAUGUUCGUCCAGCACACACUGCACUCAGCUUCCAGAGAUGUGCGUUUGUUUCCGGCUGAUAUUAAGCUCUUUGUUUUGUCUCUGGAGAACCUUGGAUGGUACAGAUUUCCUGAAACCAGUGAAAAGAAAACUUAGUUCUGAACUGAGGAAUUUCAUCGUGGAAACAGUGACACCUGCUGGUCAAACCUCUGUCUUGCAUUUGUUUCACUGAUGUCAUUUAUGUUGUUUUGUUAAAUAAAGGUCAAAUUAUGUAAACCAAUCCCUUUCUGCUGAGUUGUGACAUGAUUGCAGUGAUUUGUUGCAGAAGUGAAAUAAAUAAAGCACAUGGUC